ACAGGAAGUGCUUGUCACUGCCACAGGAAUGGGUCUGAAAACAGAAAACACCAUCAUGAUGAUGAAGAAGGAGAAAGUCACAUCCACUCGUGGAGAGGAAGGAAACUGAAUCCUCUUUUAGAAAAAAAAUAAUAAUAAGGAUUAGGAUGAAUUGUUGUGUCCGAACUGGAAUUGAGGCAUCGGGAAGGGCACUGGUGUGUUGCUAAAUGGAGUCGAAGCAGCUGUACCACAGAGGUUACUGCAGGAACAGCUACAACAGCAUCGCCAGCGCCAGCAGCGACGAGGAGCUGCUGGAUGGAGCUGGCGUCAUCAUGGACUUCCACACCACUGAGGAUGACAACCUCCUAGAUGGAGAUGCCGCCUCUCCAGGGUCUAACUACGCCAUGUCUAACGGAGGCGGAGCCGCCAGCAGCUCCACUCACCUGUUGGACUUCCUAGAGGAGCCUAUACCUGGUGUAGGGACCUACGAUGACUUCCACACCAUUGACUGGGUUCGUGAGAAGUGCAAGGACCGAGAGAGACACAGAAAGAUCAACAGUAAGAAAAAGGAGUCAGCAUGGGAAUUCACAAAGAGUCUAUACGAUGCCUGGUCUGGGUGGCUGGUGGUGACUCUCACUGGCCUGGCCUCAGGUGCUUUGGCUGGCCUUAUUGACAUUGCUGCCGAUUGGAUGAAUGACCUAAAGGAGGGCGUGUGUCUAAGCGCCAUGUGGUUCAACCACGAGCAGUGCUGCUGGACGUCCAAUGAGACCACCUUUGCUGAGCGGGACAAGUGUCCUCAGUGGAAGAGCUGGGCUGAGCUAAUACUGGGCCAGGCUGAGGGUCCCGGUUCAUACAUCAUGAACUACUUCAUGUACAUUUACUGGGCUCUGUCCUUCGCUUUCCUGGCUGUCUGUCUAGUGAAGGUGUUUGCUCCUUACGCCUGUGGCUCAGGGAUCCCAGAGAUCAAGACCAUCCUGAGUGGGUUCAUCAUCCGGGGCUACCUGGGCAAGUGGACCCUGAUGAUCAAGACCAUUACUCUGGUACUGGCUGUGGCGUCCGGCCUCAGCCUGGGGAAAGAAGGACCUCUGGUCCACGUGGCCUGCUGCUGUGGGAACAUCUUCUCCUACCUUUUCCCAAAGUACAGCAAGAACGAAGCCAAGAAGAGAGAGGUUCUCUCUGCUGCGUCAGCGGCCGGGGUGUCAGUGGCUUUUGGAGCCCCGAUAGGAGGAGUUCUCUUCAGCCUGGAGGAGGUGAGUUACUACUUCCCUCUGAAGACACUGUGGCGCUCCUUCUUCGCCGCCCUUGUGGCUGCCUUUGUCCUGCGCUCCAUCAACCCCUUUGGUAACAGCCGUCUGGUGCUGUUCUAUGUGGAGUACCACACGCCAUGGUACCUGUUUGAGCUGAUCCCGUUCAUCCUCCUGGGAGUCUUCGGAGGUCUCUGGGGAGCCUUCUUCAUCCGAGCUAACAUUUCCUGGUGCAGGCGGCGCAAGUCAACGCGCUUCGGGAAGUACCCAGUUUUGGAGGUGAUCCUCGUGGCCGCCAUCACAGCUGUGGUCGCUUUCCCGAACCCGUACACGCGCCAGAACACCAGCGAGCUGAUAAAAGAGUUGUUCACCGACUGUGGCCCACUGGAGUCGUCUCAGCUCUGCCAGUACCGCAGCCAGAUGAACGGCAGCAAGGCCUUCUCUGACAACCCUAACCGGCCGUCGGGGCCCGGUGUCUACGCCGCCAUCUGGCAGCUCUGCCUGGCUCUCAUCUUUAAAAUCAUCAUGACUAUAUUCACAUUUGGACUCAAGGUGCCGUCAGGCUUGUUCAUCCCCAGCAUGGCAAUCGGGGCGAUCGCAGGGCGAAUCGUAGGCAUCGCCAUGGAACAGCUGGCCUACUACCACCAUGACUGGUUCCUGUUUAAAGAGUGGUGUGAGGUCGGAGCAGACUGCAUCACUCCAGGUCUUUACGCUAUGGUGGGGGCAGCGGCGUGUCUGGGUGGUGUGACCCGAAUGACGGUCUCCCUGGUCGUCAUCGUCUUUGAGUUGACCGGCGGUUUAGAGUACAUUGUCCCCCUCAUGGCCGCGGUCAUGACCAGCAAAUGGGUGGGCGACGCGUUUGGCCGCGAGGGAAUCUACGAGGCCCACAUCCGUCUGAACGGAUACCCCUUCUUGGACGCCAAGGAGGAGUUUACCCACACCACGCUGGCCAGGGAGGUGAUGAGGCCACGUCGCAGCGACCCGCCGCUUGCCGUCCUGACGCAGGAUGACUUGACGGUGGAGGAGCUGCAAGGCGUCAUCAACGAAACCAGUUAUAAUGGUUUCCCUGUGAUAGUGUCGAAGGAGUCUCAGAGGCUGGUGGGCUUUGCUCUGCGAAGGGACAUCACUAUCGCUCUAGAAAAUGCUCGUCGUAAGCAGGAGGGAAUCCUGCUAAACUCCAGAGUGUACUUCACUCAGCACGCACCCACCCUGCCGGCCGACAGCCCUCGGCCCUUAAAGCUGCGCUCCAUCCUGGACAUGAGCCCCUUCACUGUCACCGACCACACACCCAUGGAGAUCGUGGUGGACAUCUUCAGAAAGCUGGGGCUGCGCCAGUGUCUUGUCACUCACAACGGGAUUAUGUUGGGCAUCAUCACAAAGAAGAAUAUAUUAGAGCAUCUGGAGGAGCUCAAGCAGCACAAGGAGCCCCUGGCGGCUGCUUGGUAUUAUCACAAAAAAAGAUAUCCUCCGUCACAUGGCGCAAAUGGCAAACCAAGAUCCCGAGUCCAUUAUGUUCAACUGAUCUGCUCCUUCCAGGACGGCAGAGUGGGAGAGGACGACGACACUAAUCAGGGAGAGGAGGAGGAGGAGGCGGUGCGUCUCCUUGACGACACCGAUCUCUGACAUUCGGAUCCUGGUUGUUGUUGUUUUCUGUUUUGUUUUUGUUUUGUUAUCAGCUCUGUGGUGAACCUCGCUGACUGUCUGACUGACGGUGGCUCACACAGCCUCAGUGGCCCAUUUAAAGACUUGUUAUUUUUCUGGCUGCUGAGGUCAUUUGGAGGUCACGCGUCGAGGACACACAAACACACACACACACAAACACCCACCUAAACACACACACAUACACGCGGAAAUGCACUUUUUACACACACACACCGUGAACAUGCAUGCUCGCUCUCUCUCCACACUCGAACCCACAACCUGUAAAAUAAACGCUCUUCCUCCGUCUGCCUCACUUCCUGUCUCGUCUCUGCUGUGCUCGUGGUAGGUGGGCGUGGCCUGGCUCAGGGGAUCAAAGGUCAGCAUGAACCGCCGAUCAGGGAUGCGAUGAGGGACCUUUAACUUCGAAUCGGUCGUCUGAAUUUGCCGCACACGCAGACACACACACACACGCGUGUCCACACCUGCUGUCCGUCCUCCAAAACAUGCUUUGUUUACCCGUGAAUUGUGUGUGCGUGUGUUUGAGAAUACGUGCGUGUCCUAAAAGCCACUACAUUCCAGCCAGGUUACCAUGGGAACUGAGAGGAGGUGCGAUAUAUACUGAGAUGGCUUUAACCUGUGUGUGUGUGUGUGUGUGUGUGUGUGUGUGAGCGUGCGAGCGUGCGAGCGAGAGAGAGAGAGUGUAUUUGAGGUAAAGAGACAUAGACGGGUACUGUGUUUCAAGAAGUGAAGGAUAAAAUGAGUGUGUGUUUUCAUUUCUGAGCCAGCUUGAACGUGUGUGUGUGUGUGUGUGUGUGAAGAAAGAGAGCGUCCUCUGUUACAAGUUUAAAAAAAAAGAGACUUUUCUUAAUCUACUAACUCUCACUAAUGAUCUCGCCAUAAUCAGUACAAAAUCUGCACUGUUUUACGUGAAUGUGUUGAAAUGUGGCGACAGCUCUGCGUGUUUGUUUGUUUGUUUUUUUCCUUUGCGCUGGAAUCUGCCUGUGUUAUAGUUUUUUUAACAGGAAGUCGUAUUUGCUAACUAUUAAUUUCUCCUUUUUAAAAAAAAAGAAAAAAAGGCCAUGUUUGCUCAAAGGUUCCACAGCUGCUGUUGUUUUUUUACACUCCAUCUUUUGGAAGUGCGACUUUUACACUAACUAACAUUAAAAAUGCAAAUAUUAACGAAAUCUUAAAACGGAUACUUUAUGUUUGGUGAUUUGUCCACAUCAGAAUAAUUAAAUAUUGUAUAUUUUUAACCGACUAAUUCUUGCAUCACAAUACUCAGUUUGGGCUUGAUUUAAAAAGAAAUGAUGAGGAAUAAAACCUGACAUUUAAAACACAAAAAAAGUACAAACUCAACCAGGUGGUUGUACGCGUGUAAGAAAUUAAUAUGAUUAUUUUAUCUUCAAAUUUUGCCAAAUUAAAAACAAUUUCACUCAAAUUUUAUGGAAAAAUUGUGACACUAACAAAAACCCACAAGUCCAAAACACUCAUUAGUUAAAUGUCCAGGAUUUCAAGCCUACCUGAACCACUUGAACUCACCACACUCUUUCUUUUAAGUCUAUGAUCUCUUAAUCAUUUCCCAGCUUGUGAGAAAAUGGUUGAUUUGAAAUCUCUGCACACAGGAGUCGUUGGUCCACCGCUGCUGCCAACACUUAGGUUUAAAUGUGUUAUUUUAAAAUCCUUUUGUUCAGAUUUACUGAGGUGACACAAACUUACCACACGAGGCAGCAGUGGACCAGCAGCUCCUGUGUCUCUGUGAGCUAAAAAGGAAACAUCUUUGGUGUGAGAGUGAGUUUUGGGUUCAUGGACAAGGCCGUGUCCAAACCCACUCUUUUUAAAAGAAAACCCAACAAAAACUAAACACUCCCUUUAAAAGGAACGCCUCAGAGCAUGUUUAAAUGAAAACCAUGAAAGGAAAAGAAGCAACGUUGAGCUGCACCUUACCUGUAGGCAGCAGGUGUGUGUGUGUGUGAAUGAAUGAAUGAAUGAGUGAGUGAGUGAGUGAGUUGUGUUUCAUCGUCCUCACCACGUGUCAGUGUCGCAGUGACCGUCCGUCCUGCUGUGGUUCUUUGUUAAACCCGUGCUGUUGCCUAACAUUCUGUUUCACACUGAUCUCGAUGUUAUUUUGUUUUUUUUAAUUUAUGGCUAGUGUUGAUACAGUUGUGCAUUAUUCUGAAGACUUUUAUGUAUGAUUAUGUUGUUGGAUUGUACAUUUAAAACAAAAUAUGUAAAGAUUAAAUUUCGUUUUAAAA